CGAAUAAAGAGGACCCCACGGCGGAUGCCUGUUAUAAAAAAACAACAAAUAAACGCGAUAUCUUUCUUUUUGUAUGAUAUUUAGAUUUUAUCCUGUGUGUUUAUUAUCAAAGGUGGUAACCUUUAUGUGUAAACUGAGCUGUUUCAGUCUGGUGAGUUUAAUAAUCCCUGAGAGAUGUAAAGUAACACUCUGCCUCGGUAACACCUGGUCGACAGCAGCUCAGACUUCAGCAGCUAAAACAGAUCAAAUACAACCACAACUCAGUUUAGAGGAGUUAUAUUUAUCUAAAGAAGAAACUGCAACACUGAAAGCAUGAACAGGCGAGAAGGUGAAGGAUGUCCCCGGAGAAAUGCUGAUGCCGUGCAGGAUCGUGAUGCGAGUGCCAACCCAUCCUCGCCUGUCAUUGCUGCUUUCAAAGUUUUCCAACAGGAGCUUGACACCAAACACGACAAAUAUGAGCGUCUCGUUAAGAUCAGUCGAGACGUCACCAUCGAAAGCAAGAGGACUAUUUUUCUUUUACAUAGAGUGACCAGUGUACCAAAUGCAGAAGAUAUUCUGAAUGAAGCAGACGUGAAACUGGAUGGAGUCAGACAGAAAAUUGGUCAAAUUGCUGAAGAGCUCAGAGGAGAGGACAUCUUUCAGUUUCACAGAGCUAUCACGCCAGGGAUCCAGGAGUACGUGGAGGCCGUAUCUUUCCUGCACUACAUCCGCCAUCGCAGCCUUAUCAGCCUGGAGGAGAUCAACGUCAGACUGGUGUUCAUGAGACCAGAGAAGGUAGAUCCUAAGGACUCAGCUGAAGCCCCACAGCCUGGAGGUCAGGUCCUGACCUUCCAGGUGACGCCCUCCGACUACCUGCUCGGCGUGGCCGACCUGACCGGAGAGCUGAUGCGGAUGUGCAUCAGCAGCGUGGGCAACGGCGACAUCGACACACCCUUCCAGCUGAGCCAGUUCCUGCGGCAGAUCCACGACGGCUUCUCCUACAUCGGCAACACGGGCCCGUACGAGGUGUCCAAGAAGCUGCACACGCUGCGACAGAGCCUGGGCAAAGUGGAGGACGCCUGCUACGCCCUGCGUGUCCGCGGCUCAGAAAUCCCCAAGCACAUGCUGGCCGACGUGUUCUCCAGCAGGACCACACACAUGGACCCGGAGGAAGGAGUGGUCUAAGUCCUGCACCGACAUUGUUUACGUUCUCUACGGUGUCAUUGUCUGCUUCAUUUCUGCUCCAGUUUGAUGUUUGUAUGUAUUUUUAAUGGGAUUUGACAGACGUUUGAUACGGUUCGUGACAUGCUUGUUAAUUUUGUUUUGUAUUAUUAGAAUAAAAACAGUGUUACAAUAGACAAUGGAUUAUUUUCCUUUGAUAAAGAUCUGUUGACUUCAGUUGUUUUGCAUGAAUAAAAGUUCUGUGCCAAAUAUG